AUGGCGCUCAACCUCUUCACCCGCCUGUUCAGGCUACCAACCGCAGUGCGCCCCGACUUUGCGGCCCUCAGCACAACCCUUCGCCCACAAAUUGCCCCAUCACCACGCGCUUUCAGCACCUCGUCACCAUUCUCGGCCACCUACAACCAAGUCAUGCGCGGCUGCCGUGUCGCCCAGAGAGCUCGCAAACCUACGUCGCCACAAUUGAAGGACAGACCUGAGAUGAAGGGCGUGUGUGUGCGUGUGGGCAUAACCAAGCCCAAGAAGCCCAACUCGGGAGAGCGCAAGGUUGCAAGAGUCAGAUUGAGUAACGGCAGGGUCGUUACCGCCUAUAUUCCUGGUGAAGGUCACAAUGUGCAGCAGCAUUCAGUUGUCUUGGUUCGUGGUGGUCGUUCGCAGGAUUGCCCCGGUGUCAAGUACCAUCUUGUCAGAGGUGCUUUGGACUUGGGUGGUGUCGGUAACAGAAUCACCUCGCGAUCAAAGUACGGCACCAAGAAGCCUAAGGCUGCCUAG